GCUCGACUUCAAGAGUGCUCUGCUCCUCACUGCAAACAUCCUUUCCAGAUUCCUGCUUCUAACAUUCAUCAUCAACUGCUUAACGACUAAUUUUUUACUUCUACCUUCAUCCCGAAUUAUCUUCUUCAUAUCUCAUAAUCAUGCCCGAACUCCCUCAACACACCCCCGAAGUCACAUGGGCCCAGCGCUCCUCUGGGACCGAUGCCGAGCGCAACUACCUCUACGUGAGCAUCAAAGCUGCUGAUGUGGCUAAGUCCGAUGCGAAACUCGACAUUACUCCCAGCAAUGUCACAUUUACGGGACCUUCCAAGAAGGGCGUAACAUACCACGUUUCGCUCGACCUUUAUGCGGAUAUUGAACCCGAGAACAGCAAGGUGAAUCACAGCGAUCGCGAGGUUGAACUUGUCCUGCGCAAGAAGGAGCUGAAGGAGGAGUACUGGCCUCGCCUUCUGAAGGAGUCUAAGAAGGUUCACUUCCUCAAGACCGAUUUCGACAAGUGGGUGGAUGAGGAUGAACAGGACGAGGCGCCAGAAGAUGACUAUGGUAAUAACUUUGGCGGGUUUGACCCUUCUGACCAGGGUGGUCUUGGAAACAUUGACUUCUCGAAACUCGGCGGUCUUUCCGGGAUGGGCGGCGCCCCCGGCGAUUUGGGCGCUGAGGGAGAGGACGAGGAUGACGAAGACAUGCCCGAGCUUGAGGAGUCUGACAAGAAGGCUGAGGAUAAGGCCGAGGACAAGGCCGAAGACAAGGCCAAGAUCCAGGAACUCUCGUAA